GCACUUCGCCCAGGAGAAGCCUCAGCCCAGCAAGCACAACGUCCUUCUUGCCUCGGAUGACGAAGAGGAGGACGAUGACUACACUGACACCGGUACGUCCACCUUUCUCAAAACCCAUCAAAUAUCGUUCCAAGAGGCGACGAUCGCAAUCAAAAAUCAUCCCUCCCGCGACCCAUCCCGAAUCAAUCACCAUCCGUCCAUAUCCCAUCCAUCCAUACAUCCAUCCAUACGCGACCAUCUUGUUUCGCAGCCACGCACCCUAAACCCCAGCUCUACAUUUCCCAUCCAUCCUCAACCUCAGAACAAUCCAUGCAUGAAGCCCAUAACAAACCGGCCAGCAUCGCAAAUACUGCUUCCUCAAAAAACAGAACCUCAACUGACAUCCUACCUCUUUUCGCUGCACUACAGAAUCCGAGAUCUCCACCGAGUCCUACGAAGAGCUCGAGAGCGAGAGCCUGUACGACCGCAUCUACGCCCUGAAGGACAUGCUCCCGCCCUCCGCCCGCCGCUCUCUCACCUCCACCGUCAACACCGUCACCUCUUUCACAAAGUCCAGCGUGACGUUCAGCGGCAAGGCGCUGUGGAUCAUCAGCACCAGCGCGUUCCUGCUGGGUGUGCCGUGGGCUCUGGCCUACGCCGAGGAGGAGCAGUACAUCCAGAUGGAGCGCGAGCAGGGCAUGAUCAAGGGUGCUAAUGAGGUAUGCUUUUUUUAAUUCCUGUCAUUGUUGUUUUCGUCUUGUGGGGGAAUGGAUUUGGGCUGGGAAGGAUUUGAGGAAAGACGGGUGAAAGAUUCUCUUUUUUCUGUCUAGGUCUCUUUUGAAACCUCGAGGAUCGCUCUCCAUGAAGUCCUUAUGCACAUCAUACAAACUGAGACUGCGAUUGCAUCGCCCGAUGCGAGGAAGAACCGAGAAUGGAUGCUAACUUUCCGCGCGUACAAUAGAUGCUCACCCCCGGCGCUGCCCCCGCCGAGCAGCA